AUGAAUCGCGACUUGACCGACUCCGCUCAUGUGGCCGAGGAGUCAUCUCCUGCAAAGAAAAGACAGAAAAGAGGAGCGGAAGAUGGAGCAGAAAUACAACAGUCUAAGAAAGGAACAGCCUGUUCUACCUGCCGCAAGCUCAAGGUAAAAUGUGAUUCUGCAGAUAGAGGUAUGGGCAGCUGUUCACGCUGCCUUCGUCUUCGACUCAAGUGCGUCAGCGAGAAGAAAGUAUGGAUGAGUGCCGAAAAUAUCGAGACGCGACCACAGCCAUACAAUGUCAAUUUGAUCAAGCUUGAAAGAGCACUCGAAGAUGUGCUAGAAAAAUUGAAUUUGCCCGCGCUCGACCUGUAUGCGCCACCGGAUAUCGUGGAGCCAUCGCAAUCGUCACGACCGACAAGGCAGAAUUCACCGGAGCCAGGGCUCAGCAAUGGAGAUCCGCAGGAGAGAGAUAUCUCACCCGGACCGACCAUCGGGAUAGGAAGUCUGAUCGAAGCAACAAGGCUUGAUGGUCUUUCCAGCCAGCUGAGAAGCUCGAAACAAAGGCGCAAAGGUGGAAUGAGAAGAAUGGACUCAGAUUUGAUCUCAGAAAUGAUCUUGACAUAUGAAGAGGCGGACGAAAUGCUGGAACUGUUGGUCACACUCCGUUGA